AUGUACCGCACGGCAGCUUUACGAGCUAAGGCCCUUAAGGCCUGUUUUAACCGCAGUCUCCGGCCAACACGCUACGCAAGCUCAAGUGCUGUUGCGGCGAGCUCGUCUUCUUCGUCACCGGGUUUCGGUAGCUGGCUAACCGGAGGCUCCUCUAGCUCGCUUCCUUCGUUGGCCAUUCCCAUGGCUGAUGUCUCUCUUCCACCAUCACUCGCUGACAAUGUCGAGCCUAGCAAACUCAGAACCACUACGCUUGCAAAUGGUCUCAAAAUAGCCUCUGAGAUGUCUCCGAAUCCAGCAGCGUCCAUUGGUUUGUACGUUGAUUGUGGUUCUAUCUACGAGACGCCUAGUUUCCGUGGAGUGACGCAUUUGCUUGAAAGGAUGGCUUUCAAGAGUACAUUGAACAGAAGCCAUCUUCGUCUUGUGAGGGAAAUAGAGGCUUUUGGAGGUAAUACUUCAGCCUCUGCAUCCCGAGAGCAGAUGGGUUACACUAUCGAUGCUCUCAAAACCUAUGUUCCCGAAAUGGCUGAAGUGCUUGUUGAUAGUGUGAGGAACCCUGCUUUCUUGGACUGGGAAGUGAACGAAGAGCUGAGGAAAGUGAAAGUGGAGAUUGGAGAGCUUGCAAAGAAUCCAAUGGGUUAUCUCUUGGAGGCUGUUCACUCCGCUGGUUUCUCUGGCGCUUUGGCUAGUCCGUUGUAUGCACCUGAAUCUGCAAUUACUGGAUUGACAGGGGAAGUCUUGGAGCAGUUUGUUUCUGAGAACUACACUGCUCCACGAAUGGUGUUAGCAGCUAGUGGAGUUGAACAUGAGGAGCUUUUAAAAGUUGUGGAGCCAUUACUUUCUGACCUUCCUAAUGUAACCAGACCAGCGGAGCCAAAGUCUGAAUAUGUUGGUGGAGAUUUCCGUCAACAAACUGGUGGAGAGGCGACACAUUUUGCGCUUGCUUUUGGAGUACCAGGAUGGAAUAACGAGAAGGAAGCUGUUAUUGCCACUGUUCUUCAGAUGCUUAUGGGAGGAGGUGGCUCGUUCUCUGCAGGAGGCCCUGGAAAGGGAAUGCACUCUUGGCUCUAUCUUCGCAUUUUGAACAAAUGUGAGCUGGCUCAGUCAUGCACCGCGUUCACUAGCAUCUUUAACAAUACCGGAUUGUUUGGAAUCUACGGUUGCACUAGUCCUGAGUUUGCUGCAAAGGGAAUUGAAUUAGUAGCUGAUGAAAUGAAAGCUGUUGCUGAAGGAAAAGUUAACCAGAAACAUCUUGAUCGCGCCAAGGCAGCAACGAAAUCUGCGAUUCUGAUGAAUCUGGAAUCUCGUAUGAUUGUAGCAGAAGACAUAGGUAGACAGAUACUUACAUACGGAGAGAGGAAACCAGUUGACCAGUUCUUGAAGACAGUUGACGAACUCACCUUGAAGGACAUUGCAGAUUUCACCAGUAAGGUUAUUGCAAAGCCUUUGACAAUGGCAUCUUUUGGAGAAGUGUUGAGUGUUCCAAGCUAUGAAGCCGUAAGCAGCAGAUUUUCUUGA